AUGGUGCGGUCGUAUGAUCGCCAUGAGCCUACAGCGGCCUUUGGCCUUGUGAGCUCCAAUGCGGCAAAUGCUAUACUGGAUGCAAAUGGGAAGAUUGCCUUCUUACCUGCACUGGAAGAUGUGCUUGUAUGGGACAUGAAACGAGGCGAGCAGCGAGCGAUGUGGCACGAAAUUGGCUACCGUGUCGAAGUCUCAGCCAUUGCACGGUCACCUGAACCGUAUACAAACAGGUUUGCUGUAGGAUAUGCGGACGGAUCUAUUCGAUUGUGGGACGCGGAUACAGCCACCGUUCUUCUCACCUUUCACGGACACCAACGCGCGGUGACCACUCUUGCGUUUGAUCCCAACGGCAUGCUACUAGCCAGUGGCAGCCAAGAUACCAGUGUGAUUGUCUGGGAUACCGUCUCAGAGUCUGGUCUGUUCCGCCUCAAAAGCCACCAUGAUGCCAUCACAGGCGUGGCCUUCUUGCCUUACAAAACGGACGCAUCGAGCACAGACUACCUUGUGUCAGCUGCCAAAGAUGGCUUGCUGAAACUAUGGGACUUACGGCUGCAACAUUGUAUUGAGACGAUCGUAUCAGGCGAUGAACAACUGUGGAGUCUCAGUGUCCAUGCGGUGCCUGAUCAGUCACCCUUGGUUGUUACAGGUGGGUCGAACGGCCAUGUCCGUCUUUGGGAGGCAGAUCAAAAGGCGCUGGAGCGUGGUUUGGAAAGCAAAGAAGGCACCACGACCCAAUUUUUCGAAUCGCAAGGCACAAUUGAUUUGCCGACAAGUCAUCGCGUCUCACAACUGGCCUUCUACGGUUAUUACAUGGCUGCUAUGAGUGGUGAUCGGUCCAUUCAUGUGUAUCGCAUUCGUACUGAGGCAGAAGCCACCAAAAAGCAACAGCGUCGCUUGAAACGUGCACGUGAGAAGGGUGAUGAGGUGCCGACAGAGGCGCCAGCCAUCACUUGGCUUACACGUUUGGAGGCGUACGUUGUCAUCCGCCCCACCAUUGGUCGUAUCCGCAGCUUCUCGUUCCCAAGUGGUGCUGCUCCUUCUCAUGAUGCCCCUGUGCCUGUUCUUUGUGCACUGACGACCAACUCUGCUGAAACGCAUACGAUUCCGCCACCACCGCGCAGCAAAGAGGAAAAGAAGGGUGCCAUUGAAGCCACGGUUUCAAAUGUGCUGGAACUCCCUGGACAUCGCAGUGAUGUACGUGGUGUGGCCCUGUCAAGUGAUGAUUCGCUCCUGGCAUCGGUGUGUGGUAGCGGCCAGCUGAAAAUUUGGAACAUUCGCACAGGUCGUUGCAUUCGCACAUUGCCUGUUUCGUCGUUUGCACUGUGUGUAACAUGGCUGCCUGGUGACAGGUAUGUGCUAGUAGGUUGCAAGGAUGGCACACUGCAUACGUUUGAUGUUCCAGCCGGUAUGGCUAUUGAAACCUUAGAGGCACAUCAAGGCCCACUUUGGAGUAUCGCCAUCCAUCCUAGUGGCCUAAGUGCCGUGACAGGCAGUGCCGACAAGGAAGUCAAGUUCUGGGAGUUUGAGAUGGCACAAACAGAGCAGGGCUCUCAGCUUUCAAUGGUGCAUGUACGCACACUCAAGCUGACAGACGAUGUACUGUGCACACGAUUCUCGCCCGAUGGGAAGCUUUUGGCUGUCUCACUGCUGGACAACACAGUGAAAGUGUUUUACGCUGACUCUCUCAAGUUUUUCUUGUCCUUGUACGGACACAAGUUACCUGUGCUAUCCCUCGAUAUUUCAGGCGACUCAAAACUGUGUGUAACGUGCAGUGCGGAUAAGAAUGUCAAGAUAUGGGGUCUUGACUUUGGUGAUUGCCACCGAAGUCUCUUUGCACAUGAUGACUCGAUUAUGCAGGUAGCGUUCGAACAUGGGCAGCAAGGCGGGGGUUUGCAGGGUGGCCGCGAAGGCGCUUCGCAUCGUUUCUGGACGGUGGGCAAGGAUGGGAAAGUCAAGUACUGGGACGGCGAUCGAUUUGUCGGCGUGCAGACUAUGGAAGGUCAUCAUGGUGAAGUCUGGGCGCUGUCCACGGGUCAUCUUGGCCGUCUGGUGGUGACAGCAGGUGCGGAUCGCAGUAUCCGCGUGUGGGAGAAGACAGAUGAACCUCUGUUCCUUGAGGAAGAGCGUGAAAAGGAGCUCGAGCAAAUGUACGAGAGUGCUGCAACGGCGCAGAACGAUGCAGCUACAGAACAAUCGGGGGCAGAGGCUGAGGCGGUCACAAAGAGCACCACCGAGUCCCUCAUGGCAGGCGAGCGUGUGAUCGAAGCACUGGAGACCGCGGAUGCGGACCUGGCCCAGCGUGCUCAAGCCGUGAAGCAGGGCCAAGAUGCAUCGUCUGUGCCUGUGCAUCCGCUCAUUCAAGCGGCGUUCUCUGGGAUGGAUGAGCCAGAUACGCACAAAUAUGUGCUGCGUGUUGUGGAAAAGAUCCUGCCUACACAUCUAGAAGACGCACUGCUAGUGUUGCCAUUCGACCGUGUCGUCUCGCUCUUCGCUUAUAUCGAUGUAUGGAUUACUAAGGAAUGGAACGUGUCGCUGGCUGCGCGGAUCCUGUUCUUCUUGCUACGCACACAUCAUGCCCAGAUUGUAGCGAACCGCGUGAUGCGCACAACGAUGGUUCGUCUGCGUACACAUGUGAAAGAUGUGCUUUCGAAACAGAAAACGAUGAUUGGGUUCAAUAUGGCUGCAUUGCGAUACUUACAAAGUCAAGAAGUGUUGCGCCGCACGACAGAACUGUUUGAAAAGCCGGACACGAACUUGGACGAACUGGAUGAAGCUGCAGUUCGUGAAAAGAUCGAAGAAAAGGCACGACGGAAGCGUAAGCUGGUAGUCCGGUAG